CCACUCGAGGUGCCGCGUCGACGGCAGCGACUGGACCAAACGGUCGGCCAACAGUAUACCGGAGACGCCAGCGCAAGCAACAGCAACAGAGCAGCACCGUAUACCAGCAGUAGCAAUUUAUUACCUAUAUAUACCAGUGACACUGCUCUCGACUACAUACCAACGUAGAUCGCUCGCCAUAAAUAAUCAACAUUUUUUAUUAUUGUUAUUAUCAAUUUUUACUUUGAUGAACGUAUAUUGUAUGUAGAGGUGGUGCGUUAUUCGUCGACGUUUCAUUUCUCGUAUCGCCACUACAUUUUUCUCUGUAAUCGCGGCGAGACCGGAAGCGUGAAAAAUAAAAACUCGAACCGCCCCAACAGUGCAGUUCCGCGGGCGGCAAUCCACACCCUCGCGCAAUACUCUCAUAGCGUCAUUUGCCAUUUUCCAUUCAUCGUUAUUGUGGUGAUACGCCGACGAUGAGGACCACUGGCAGCAGCAGCACGAGCUGCAGCGUCGUGGCUUUAAUGACCAUUAUGCUGGUCGCAGCGACCGCGGCCUUUGAAGAUUUCAACACACAGACUGACUUCAAGGGUGAACCACAGAAGCUACUACACCGUGAAACUAGAGCUUUAGAAGUUAUCACCCGGCUAUUGGGAAGCAGCAGCGGAACUGUGGCUGGAUCAUCAUCCAGUGGAACGUUGGACGCAGGAGCAGCUCCAGCUUCAGCACCAGCCGAUACAAACAGUGGAAGCGGAUCUGUAUUAAAUCUAGUCGCCCCAUUGGUGGGAAGCAGCAGUGGUAGUGUAAGCGCUGGAUCCUCGGGAGCAGCAUCCGGAACAGGAGACGUCAGCAAAACUGACGGAAGUGGUCCGGACUUGGCUGGACCAAAUGGAGCCACUGGUGGUAGCAGCUUUUCCAGUAUUUUGUCUCUUUUGGGACCCUUGUUGGGUAGCAGCAGUGGCAGUGGUGGUAAUGGCGGAGAUGCCGGAGACAGUUUAAAUGGCAAUGGAGGAGGUGCCGGUGUUCCAGCUGGUUCUAAUGCCUUGAGUUUGUUGUCUGGUCUACUUGGUAGUAGCAGCGGGUCCAGUGGUACGUCAGCUGGUAGCGGUGGUGGAGUUGGAGGCGGAGAUCCAUCAACAGGCGGCACAAGUGACGAUACAGGUGCUGGAGCGGGUGGUUCAGGAUCCAGUAGCAUAYUGGCUCUGUUAGGGCCACUGAUAGGCAGCAGUAGCGGUGGAGCUGGUGGUGAUGGUGGUGAUGAUACCAACGGUGGUACAGGUGGUGGUUCUGACAUUCUGGGUUUCCUAGGAUCGAGCAGUGGUUCCAGCAGCGGUGGACCUGGUGGAAAUGGAGCCUCUCCAGCUUCUGGCACCCCGGUAAGAAGGCGUCAGAUCGGUGGCUUUUUCCGCCGACCAUUCGCUUCAGUGGCAGAAACUAACGAGCAAGAUGUCACUUAUACACAGCUGUUGAAUGACCGACCCCGAGAUCUGCGUCGCCGGUUGUGGUUGUAA